CUUUAUCCGUAUAUCCGGAAAAUGUGAACUCAAGUACCGAGAAUACUGGCGAAUCUCAAGAAAACGCGCUUUCGGUUUCAGUCGCAUUUUCGUCGUCAAUCCAGUCACUCCAUAUCGCCUGUGUCGCAGACGCGAAAAAUAGAUUCAAAAUGGGGCGAUAAACAAGCCGAACUAAUAAAUCCUAUCAAUCAGAACAGUUUAACAUUGAAAAGGAUUGAACAAAAAUCAACAAAGGCGAUCUUAAAAUUUUGGAAUAGACUGAAGCCUCGCAAAAGCGCGAGGAAGAAAAUAGAACCCCCUGCGAGUAAACCAUUACCUUCUGCGUAGGUUAAAAAAAAAAUGCCCGAUGAAAUUUGAUUGAAUUCUUUUUCCUUGAUUCGCGCUGAUGAUCGUAUUUAUAAAAAAAAAACGUAACGAUUAACAACGUGAAAUGGAAAUUUCGUUUCAGAUGGAAUUUUAAUAAUGUUGAAAAAAAGAUGAGCGCUAGAUCACAACGUGGGAAUCACGACACGUCGGCCAGCAAACGACUUCACAGCCCGCGUGUCAAUCCAAAAAAUCGCGGACCGAGACCUCACAUAACGUACGAUUACGAUGCUGCGAUCAGUCAACCGGAUGUGCCGAGUUUGAUCGAUUAUAAGAAACUCGGACGUGGGGCGAUGAAAAGAUCACAGGAAUCGAAAAUGAAAUCGUUGGCCCAAAAGAAAGGUAUACGAUUGCCUGGUAGUAAAACCGGGAAUCCGGCGAACAAAACGGUCGGCUCUUCUAAUAAUUUCGACAAGGAUCAUGUCGAUAUAAAAGAAGAUAUUAUCAAUGACACCAUCGACGAUUUGUCAAACAUACUGAAGGAUACGACGAUAGAGGCGACCGAGAAUGAGAACGAUAGUGAAAUUAUAGAGGAGAAAAUAAAAAAUCCGAAAUUAGACGAUUUCGAAUGCGUUGCAACAAAGUCACCAAUUACAGUUAAGUGCAGUAAAAUUCCUCGCGCGAAGAUCACUAUUUUUCCGGCUCAUACGCUUCAUGAAUCUCACGCGACCAAGUUGAAAAUAAAGGAAUCUCUUCACUUGAAACAUCCGACGACCGGUAUCGACAUUAUCGAGAUCACGGACAACGAGAUGAAAAAAGGAUGCUGCAAAGAAGAAAAUAAAAAAGACGUGGUUCGUUUCGAUUGCGAAAUACCAAAAGAAACAAAGUACGCGUACGAUAAACGUGUAGAAAUCUAUUUGGAAAAAAAAAAAAAAAAGAUACAUUGUAAUGUACUCAGGAGCAUUGCAUUUUAUUCAGAAUAGUUUGGAACAAAGAUGAGACUUCGACGUUAGAGGCGGAUGAAGAGUGUCAUGGAAUGACGUCGACCGACGAAUCCCCUCUUUUCAGCAGCAUCGAUGAUCCCCGUGUUUUAACGAUCUUACGAAGUUUGAAACUAAACUGUCCUUGUAGAUCGUGUACCGAGCAAACACUCCCUUUGAGCAUUCGACAAGAGGAUGACAGCGAUUUAAAGAGUUCAUCUCCGGAAGAAAUUAGAAAGAAAAAAUGGUUGGGAUAAUGGUUUACUUUGUAAAGUGAGUGAAUGAAUAUUGCAAUGAUUGUAUACAUAAUUGUUUCAACAGGUCGUUGAAACAUCGAAAGUAUGUUUAUACAAGUACCGAAGAUAUGGAAGAUAUGGUCUCAUCUGAUUGCAGUAAAAAA